AUGGAUUUCAGUGAUAUUUUAAACGAGUUUAAGUCUGCAGCCGUUGGACCAAAAGAAGAAAGUGAAGACGACAGGGAUGAAGACCUUCGAAAGAUUUCUGAGGUUUGGAUAAAAGAGAAAUCCGUCCCGGAACUUUUGCCAUAUGAAAACAAGCUUAUGGACCGCUUGUUGGAGCGAAUGCGAAAACAAAUUGAGUUUAUAGAGAUCAACUCGAUUGAACUUCAACAGGAUGAAAGAGAGAUUAAGUUACUUUUGGUUAUUGUUGAAAAUGAACUAGACAGAGUCCAAUUUUUGAUCAGAUCCUACAUACGAACGCGAUUGCUCAAGAUCGACAAGUUCUCUAUUUUUAUACGAUCGGAUAAGGAAGAGCUUGCAAAAUUAUCUCCAAAUGAGACAGCGUACAUGGAGAAGCAUCUUCAGCUUUUAAUGGACUUGUACAACUCUCAAUUUUUGGGUCGUCUACCUGAGAACUUGCAAGCUCUUGAUGAGGUCGCAGGUGGAAUUUCAAUGGUAGAGAAACCAGAUUAUGGAAGACCGAUUUUUAUCAAGUGCAAUAGGGACCGUCAGGUUGUCAUUGAUGAUGAGGCUGUGGAUCUCAGUAGGAACGGCAUAUAUGUCUUACGAUAUAGCGCUGUUAGUGAUCUUGUUAAGGCAGGUGAAGUGAUGGUUCUAUGA